AUGGCUUCUGAAAAGGCAAAUUACAGUACUGAAGCAGGGUCAGCUGAGAGCAACAAUCGCGAAUCACGGUAUAUUAGAAAACGAGCAGUAAUAAAAUCCAAACUAACAAUGUUCAUCAAAUUCAUUGAGUCGUGUGAGGAAUCUGGGACAUGUCGCGUUCACCAGUUAAAAUCGCGAAUGGCAAAAUUAGAACAGCAUCUCAUAGAAUUCGAAGGAAUUCAAGAAAAUUUAGUGUCUAUUGCUUCCGAAGAAAUGGUCGAAACGCGUAUUUCGGAAGGUAACGUUUUUGAGGAAUCGUAUUACGAUACAAUGGAUAGGGCGCAAGCGUUACUAAGUGAACACGAAACAAUGGAUCAGGUAACAACUCGGCCGAGUCCAGAACCUCAGGUACACGACAAUCCACUUACACAACCCAGCGUAACAGCUGUGGAAGGUCAAACGUCAAUAUUUAGCGAGUCAGUUAUAAAGAAUGUAACAAAAACACAAGCGGCUGAAACGCACGUUCAAUUACCGACGAUGCAUUUAGCAAAAUUUUCUGGGUCUUACGAAGCUUGGCCGGGCUUCGCAGAUACAUUCCGAUCAGCAGUACACGAUAACACACAAAUUCGCGACACCUUAAAACUUACAUAUUUACGAUCAUGUUUAGUAGGGCAAGCAGCUGAAAAAAUCGAAUCACUUGAAACGACAGCUGCCAACUAUUCAGUUGCUUGGAAUAUUCUACAAAAUUCGUAUGAUGACCCUUCGAUUAUAAUAAAUAAUAGAAUCAAGGCAAUGUUCCAGUUACCUCAAUGCACAAAAAACAAUCCAAGGUCCUUAGGGGAACUGGCAGACAAAGCUACAAGGCAUUAUCGCGCCCUUCAGGCAUUAAAUAAGCCAGUUUUAGAAGCAUUUCCCAUAUACGCGAUUACCUCAAAAUUAGACGAUGAAUCUCGACUUCGUUGGAGAGAGAAAACACAGAGAACCGUUCUGCCCACGAUGGAAGAAUUACUCGAAUUCUUACAUAGUAGACGCAAAAUCUUAGAAACAGGAGCACCGGAAAAAUCAGUACAUAUACCAAUCGCGUCCGGAGUCCGUUCAGAUUUUAAACCACGCGCCCCGGCCCAGAAAUCGAAUAACACGUCUUUUACCUAUACUGCGAUCCAAUCAUCGUGCCAGGUGUGCAAGGGAAAACAUUUUACUCAGUAUUGCUCAAAACUGGCCGACUGUAACAUCGAGCAGAGAAUAGAAAUCGUUAAAAACGCGAAGUUAUGCACAAAUUGUUUAGGACCACGUCACGUGGCUAAAGACUGCAACGCCGGCACGUGCAAACAAUGUACAGUGGUGCCUCGCAUAAAGAACGCCUCGCACAGCGAACGCUGCACACAGCGAACUUCCUAUUCGUUCAUUUCAUGA